AUGGCGCAUCCCAGCCGCCUGCCACCAUCCUCGAGGCGGCCGCCUCCACCUACGCCAGAGAUGGAGCCAGACGAGAUUAUCGGCGAGUUCAGAAGAGGCAAGGAGAUUGGCAAAGGCAGCUUCGCUACUGUGUUCCUUGCCCAACAUCGAAAGAAGAAGUCGUUCGCCGCGGUCAAGGCGGUCCAGAUGUCCAAACUGUCUAGGAAGCUGAAGGACAAUCUGGCCACCGAGAUCGACAUCCUGAAAGGCCUCAGGCAUCCGCAUAUCGUGCAGCUUUUCGUCUGCACAGAGACCCGCACAUAUAUCUAUCUGGUCAUGGAGUACUGUCAACUGUCGGAUCUGGCGCAGUUUAUGAAGAAGCGUCACCAACUCUCCGCGUACCCAGAGACGGCAGACAUCUUCCGCAAGUACCCCAACCCAGAAGUUGGAGGCCUCCACGAAGUCUUGGCUCGACACUUUCUCAAGCAGGUCGUCAGCGCUCUUCAGUAUCUUCGGUCUAACAACCUGAUCCAUCGAGACAUCAAGCCCCAGAAUCUCCUGCUUAAUCCUGCGCCUACGUACAUGGUCAAGCAGAAGCCCGAGGAUGUCCCGCUGGCUGCCAGCGAAGGCUCGUUGACACCGUCUGUUGGCGUUGCAUCUCUGCCCAUGCUCAAGAUUGCCGAUUUCGGAUUCGCUCGUCACCUUCCAUCGACUUCAAUGGCUGAGACUCUCUGCGGUUCACCAUUGUACAUGGCUCCUGAGAUUCUUCGUUACGAAAAGUACGACGCUCGCGCUGACUUGUGGUCGACCGGUACUGUGCUCUACGAGAUGGCAUACGGAAAGCCGCCUUUUAGAGCUCAGAACCAUGUGGACCUCUUGCGUAAGAUUGAGAAGGCGGACGACGUUAUUCCAUUCGACAAAUUGGCCAAAACAAGGGAAGAGCUCAGGUCACUCAUCAGUGCUUUGCUGAAGAAGAGCCCACUGGAGCGCAUGACGUACGAGGAACUCUUCAACGACCCUGUAGUCACUGGUGAGAUCCCAGGAUUGGUGAAUGAAGACAAGCCCCAAGAGCGUAGCAAGCCAGCCGCCAUCGCAGAACUUUCUGAGCUCAGCCGCAAAGUCAACACCGCUACCCCUGACCCGUCAAGUUCUACCAAAACUGCGCGCGAAGUAAAAGUGCAACCAAAGAGAUCGCAAGAAGAUGUCCCUGGGCGGGCGUCCAGAAAAUCUUCAGACCAAGACAUGGGGCAGCGGCACGCAGAAGACACUGCCAGACGGAAAUCAUCUGCCGGCAGCCAAAACCAACCUGAAGCUCAAACAUCGGGCCUCAAGCGUCAACCGAGUCAACGAGAGCAGCGUAGGCCGAGCAUCGUGGCCCACAUCACUGCUCCAGGGCGUCAAGAAUUGCAUCAGCAGCAACAGCCACUCGCCCCAGCACCUCGAAUGGAGAGACGAGCCAGCCGCUCUUCGCCACUGGCCGGACCUCCAUUAGUCCGCGAGCCAACCGACGACGAUAAGAUGAAGAGGGAGCUUGCUGUUCGCGAAGCACGGGAGCGGACUCAACAGGAUCUCAAUUUUGAGAAAGAAUACGUUGUCAUUGAGAAGCGAGCUGUUGAGGUGAAUGCGUUUGCAGAUGAGUUGGACGCUGUUCAUGGACAUGGUUCGUCUGGAAAUGCAGGCGCUAUGACACGACGUGCAACCACUCAGGGCCAACCAGGAUCUGCCAGUGGUGCUCGACCGGCAAGUCCUUCUCGCCAGAUGCAAGUGGCCACCGGUAGAUUGCCUCCUGGACACACACGAGUCGGCUCUUUCGAGCGGCGCUACGCGGCAUCUCCCCAGUCAGCGACCAACAUGCUCACCAAAGCGUUGAAUGCGGCCAAUGUUCGUCUCUUCGGUGCCCUGGGCACAUCUCCACCUUUCGGCAAGGGUGCAUCUCCUCCACGCAGCUAUGGUGCAUACCCAGCGUAUCCAGCCCCGGCUCCAGGUACCUUGGCCAUUGGAGACGGCAGCGAGGCUAAGACGCCGAUGGAUGAGGAUUCUAAGAUUGUUCGCAUCAUGGAGGACGCCGCUCACCGUAGUGAUGUGAUCUUUGGAUUCGCCGAAGUCAAGUACCGACAGCUUCUCCCAGCAACCCCUUCGUCUCAGGAUGCACUCGGCAUUCAGCAAAUUGGCGCGCAGGAGAACACUGCCAGUGGCGAAGAGGAGGAAGAUAAGGACAUGACUACUCUGGCCAUCGUCGGAGUCUCUGAAGAAGCUCUGGUCUUGUACGUGAAGGCGCUGGCGAUCCUGACGAAGACUAUCGAUCUCGCAGGCUACUGGUGGAACAAGCAAGGCCGUAAUGAAGGCGUCACCUCUGACCCUUCGUCUACCACAUCUUCCAGUGUCGGCACCCGCAUCCUGAACGUGGUGAAGUGGUCACGAGCUCGAUUCAACGAAUGUCUGGAGAAGUCUGAAGUCGUGGGCCGUCGACUUCAACAAGCGCAGAGACAGCUACCAGAGAACCACCCUGGCCACCCCAACAACCAUGCUACUGGGUCGGAAACGGUAACGACUUCGGCAGAGCACAUCCGCAUUACUAGCGGCGUGACAGCAGAGAAGCUCAUGUUUGAUCGUGCUGUUGAGAUGAGCCGUGCUGCGGCUGUCAGCGAACUGGUUGGCGAGGAGUUGCAUGACUGCGAGUUAGGCUAUAAGACAGCCAUCAUGCUUCUGGAAGCUGUUCUUGAGCGUGACGAUGAGCCACUGAUGCGCAAGCCAAGCUCUAAGAAGGACAAGGCGGGAGAUGAGCUCAUCAACGGGAUGGAGACUGAGGAUCGACAGCAGGUCAUCAAGCUCAUCGAAGGCGCCAAGGCACGACUCAGUGCACUUCGAAAGAAGAUCUACGCCGCCCAGCAGACUGCUAAGCGCGCUUCUGGCAGCGGCUCGUCGACACCAAAACCAGCCAACCCAUCACCAUCAGCGGCAUCGCCUGCGAUCGCCAACACACCACCACGUUAA